AUGAAAGGAGAUCUUUCUAAAGCACUCUCUCAUAACAAGAAAUCUCUCAAUGUCAAAUUAGUUUAUCUAUCAUCCAAUGAUCCUGAACUAUCUGCAACCUAUUGCAAUAUUGGUUCAAUUUUAUGUCGUCAAAAUGAUCUUCACAGUGCAUUAGAAUAUCAUGAAUCUGCUCUUAACAUUGAUCUUAGUACCCUACAACCUAAUCAAUUGCAGAUUGCAGCUGCUUAUAACAACAUUGGUGAAGUAUAUCGACUUAUGGGAAAUAACUUAUUGGCACUCUCAUACUAUCAAAAGACUUUUGAAAUAAAGAAAACUUCUCUUCCGCCCAAUCAUCCAUCAUUAGCUGAUACUUCUAAUAACAUUGGUGGAAUCCUUUAUUCUAUGGGUGAUUAUUCGAAUGCACUCUCAUAUUAUGACAAGGCAUUUGUUAUUCAAGAAAAAUAUCGUCCACUCUAUCAUCUUUCUCUGAUAAAAAUCUACAAUAAUAUCGGUGCAAUAUAUCGAGUAAUGGGAGACAAUUCCACUAUGCUGUCAUACUAUAUGAAAGCAUUGAAAAUUCAACAAAAAUCUCUUCCAAUCAAUGAUCCAUCGCUAUCUAUUAUCCAUAAUAACAUUGGUGACAUACAUCAACAAAUGGGUGAUUAUUCUGUUGCACUCAUUUACUAUGUUAAAUCACUUGAAAUUCAACAAAAAUCUCUUCCAUCCAAUCAUCCAUCGCUGGCUACUACAUACAACAAUAUUGGCAGUGUGUAUCAAUCAAUUGAAGACAAUAUCACUGCAUUAUCAUAUUUCAUAAAGGCCAUCAAAAUUAUGGAUGAGCCUAUAUCAACCAACCAUCCCUCAUUGAUUGAGAUUUAUAAUAACAUUGCUGGAGUUUAUCAUGCCAUGAAUGAUUACACUACUGCACUCUCAUUCUUUCAAAAAUCACUUGAAAUUGUAGAAAAAUCUCUUCUACUUAAUCAUCCCUCAUUAGCUAUUGCUUAUAAUAACAUUGGUGGUGUAUAUCAAGCGAUGGAAGAUUAUUCGAAAGCACUUGAAUUCUAUAAAAAAAAGCGCUCGAAGUCCAACAAAAAUCUCUUCCAUUUAAUCAGACAUCGUUAG